AUGGCAAGCACCGACUCAGCUACUAUUCUUGAUAUCUCACGAAAACCAGGUUGUCCGCGAAACUAUAGAAAGCCGCUUCGCCGCUUCACCGCUUCACCGCUUCACCGGGAGCGAAACUUGGUGCACUUGAUGUUCUUCCGAAUGAGUUACUGGACAUCAUACUUGGAUACCUUGAUACAUUUCCGCUUUCGCCAUGUCAACCGGCGAGCCCGGAUCUUGGCAAGCGAGCUUCAAGAAUACAAGCGUGUCGUCAAACAUGGCAUGGAAGGCUUUCGCAGCAUGUUCACUGAGAUAUGCUCGUUAUGCAAAAACUUUGGCGGCUUUCUUUUUCUGCCAACUGCCACCCGCUGCUGUUUUGCGUGUAUUGAGAAUGCUCCUGAGCUCCGUGUUAUCAGCCUGAUCGCCUUCAAAAAGCUCACAAAGGUAAAAAUGAAGUGGUUGACGUAUCACAUUGGACAUGUUGUUAGAAUGGUUCCCGGCAUCUACUCUAUGGGAGAGAAACCGGCAAGACGUCCAGGUCUACUACUAGCAGAAGUGGAGGCUGCCCGGAUGUUGUCAGCGCUUUGCCUCCUGACUCCAGAUGCAAAUGAGGCUCUAGAGAUGCAGAACGAGAAGAAGAACUAUCGUUUCAUGGUGUCGACUGCAUACCCGUGGUAUGAUCCAAAUACUGGACAGGUUCACAGUGGGGUCAGUUGCAAAGGUUGCCAGAUUCGCCUGGAGGCUCUUGCUGUGGCCAGUCGAGAUCGCGACGGUCUGUUUUCUUCCAGCGGUUAUCAGUCCCAUUUUGAGACUUGA